GAGAGCUAAACACAGUCUAUUCAUCAUCCAACAACUGACUGAGGCUUCAGAGUUCCUGGAUGACUCUUCAGAAGAAGAAACAAUUGAUGUGUACUCCCCACCCACCCUGAUGAAGCUGGCAAGACAGAGGCUACUGAGACAGGAGGCUUUGGCAAUUUCUGCUCUCAAGGACCUGCCCAAUAUGCUGUUCCCAGUGUUUUUUGAGGAGGCCUUCACUGAUGGUCAUACAAAGAUCUUGAAGGCCAUGAUACCUGAGUGGCCCUUUCCAUCCCUUUCUGUAGCAGUGCUGAUAGACAACUGCAACCUGGAGACUUUGAAGGCUUUUCUUGAGGGACUAGAUAUACUGCUUGCACAAAAGGUUCGCUCCAGUAGGUGCAAACUCAAAGAGAUCAACUGGAGGGAUACAGGCCAUGGUUCCCAUGGGAUAUGGCCUGGAUCCCAUGAAGUCGAAGGUUUACCAGAGUCCAUGAAACAGAAGCAUCCUAAUUGUGCGGGGAAGGAAGAAUUGAAGGUAACAACUGAACUCUCUGUCAUGAAUGGCAGACUUAAUGAAUCUGACACAUACUUGUUGGAGUGGGUCCAGCAGAGAAAAGAUUCCAUUCAUCUAUUCUGUAGGAAGCUGGUAAUUCAAAGCUUAACCAAAGCCACAAUGACAGAAAUCUUCAAAACUGUAAAUGCAGACUGUAUACAGGAGUUGGAGCUAUGUUGUAUUUGCCUAGAAGAUUUGGCUUUUCUUAACCCCUACCUGAGACAGAUGGACAGUCUUCUCGAACUCACACUUGAUCACAUCACAGAUGGCCUCAGUAUGGGUGAUUCUGAAAUGCUUGAGGAAAAAAUGAUCACAUUAGUUUCUCAACUUCCCACAUUUCCCUGUCUCCAGAAACUUCAUGUAAAUGGUGUCUACUUUAUAUACGGCAACCUGAAAGAAUUCCUCAGGUGCGCGAAGAAGCCAUUGGUGUCAGUUUGCAUCAGUAACUGUGAACUCUCACAGUCAGACUUGGAUUACCUACCCUAUUGCCUGAAUAUUUUGGAGCUCAAAUGUCUGAACCUUAUUGAUAUACCUUUAUUUCAUUUACUCCUUGAGCCUCUUGGGUUUCUCCUUGAAAGUGUUAGACAUACCCUGAAAUGCUUGAUAUUGAAGUCAUGUGGUAUGGGGGAAUCUCAUUUCAAUGCCCUGCUGCCUGCCCUAAGUCAAUGUUGUCACCUCACAAAUGUCAACUUCUGGGAUAAUGAACUCUCUCUGCUGUUCCUGAAACAACUUCUACACCACACAGCAAAUCUGAGCCAGCUGACCUAUGAGCAGUACCCUGCCCCUCUUGAGUGCUAUGAUGACAGGAGUGUAAUAAUAUCACAUAGAUUAGAGCAAUAUUGUCCUGAGCUCCUGGAUAUACUCAAGGCCAAAAGACAGCCCAAAGAGGUCAUCUUUGCUACAACCCAAUGUUCUAGGUGUGGUAGAUCUUAUGUUUAUGAUCUGAAGACCCAACGUUGUUUUUUUGAAGAAUAACUCCUGUAAGGUUGAUUGUAGAACAGAGAAAUGGAAGCUUAGUAUUGGGGUUUGAUGAAAUCUUAAUUGAAUUUCCCUCGCUUAAAGGAGCAUGGAUAUGUCAAUCACCUAAAGGUCUGAGAUACACGAUAAAAAGGCAAGAUCGUCCUCUGAGCUGGUGAAUAAAUGUAGCAUCUGCAAAAAGUGUCAAGUACUCUUUUCUUCUCUAGGAUUAUUGUUUGAGUGUGUUACAAUAGAGGCACACUUCCACAAGGAUAUUGUUCUUCUUGUUGACUACAUACAAUAAAUGUGUUGACUUUCUUUUCAUAGUU